AUGGCCCCUUACUUUUACUUCUUGCCCACAGUAACACAUAGCCAAGACUACCUUGCUGAGCAGCAUACAAUGUCCAACACCAAUAACUAUGAUCAAGCCGCCCCCAGUGUGCUCGCAACUAUGGAUGACUGCAUCGCAAUGGAUCCACACCACGUUCUUGGAGUGGCGGAGAACGCAAGACCGGCCUUGAUCAAAGCUGCCUUCGCUGAUCUUGCAGCCAAAUACCACCCUAUCCACUACGUCAACCCAGCACAUACCCACGAGAUCUUGCUCGACCAGUCUGCAGCGCUACAAGCCGUGGACCUGAACGACUUAGUUUACGCGUCCGAUCAGGGGCCUACUGGCUAUCUUUUCGCCGGCUGGGCGACGCCAUCUAUCGAGCCUGUACGAAGAGGAUAUGACCAGUGGCAGGCGAUCGUGACACGAUGGAACGAGAUUCAGUGGGCGUAUUGGGCAUUGAGCAAGGAGCGCGGCGAGGGAAAAUUGAAUAUACCUCGAAGAGGGGCUCUGCCCAUAAGCUCCAGCAUCUCAUAA